AUGGAAUUAAUACUGCCGGGAAGUGUCCACGGAAAUGAUACAAUUCGCGACUCCUUCAAAAUUGUCUUCACUCAGCAUGCCUACUUUCUAAUCAUAUAUAUUUUAUAUGGCAUUCCUAGUCUGGCUGUGACAUUGAAAAUUGUUCUACUUAUAUUCGAUCCUGAAUUCAAGAAAUUCUUUAGAACACCGUUUUUCGCCUUGUUUACCCACGACUGCAUCAUGAAUGCUAUGUUCUUCGUUUUGGACGUCAUUGCUGUGAGAGUUCCUCUCUCGGGUCUUAUUACCGGCUGGAUGACCACAUUACCUGUGGGCCCUUAUAUCACCGUGAUCUAUGUGGUGUCGUUUCACUCGCUACAUAUGACAUUUUAUUCCGCUGUUUUCUUAUCUCUAGCGAGAACUAUAAUAAUAUGCUCACCGAUGAAAGGCAACCAGCAGCUGCUUCCUUUAUGCAUCUUAACUAUUUACUUAUUGCCGAUACUGACAACCUGGUUUCUCUAUCCAGCAGUUACUUAUCUCAGACUUGGAGGACUUAGUGAAUAUGGACUAGCUUAUGACUACAGAAAGGUUUUCCCACAGAACCAACAACCGAAGCAAUGCAAUGCUCAAAGCCGAGAGGUCACUAACAUUUCUCGUCUUAACAACAUCUAUUUGUAUGAUCAGCCUGGCUCUGACGAAUGUUUAUUUCUUCAUCUACGCUAA